UGGGAGUGUUCUUGAGGAGGAGGAGUAGGAGAAAGAAAGAGUGUGGUGGUGGUGGUGGUGGUGGAGAGAUUGCAGUGCCGAUUUGAGUGUUUUUUAUCACUUAAAAUCGUGUAAUAUGUAGAGCUCAAGACCAUGGUGCGUUCAUUUCUUCACUCAAUUCUCGAUUUGGGUGCUUCUUUUUCUGCAAUUCAUCCUCAUAAUUGGAUGGAGACGACCCUUUUGCUGAAUUGAAUUAUGAGAACACGACGAAGUGUAGAGAAGCUAUUUUUUUGGUAUCCUGCUCAUAGGUUUUCCGAGCCCAUACUUGAGUUUUCUGUGCGUUUUGUUCAAAUUCAUCCUACGCCUUUCAUCUCCCCACCCCCCACAGGUUGAGUUGCAGGCGUUUGAACGUUAAAGGUUAUUAUACAAUGAAUAAUGAGGGCGUGUCCAACAUACCAAGGACAUCUGUGAAGAUCUCAUGGAACCAUGGAGGGAAGCAAGUGGCUAUUAUUGGGUCAUGGGAUAACUGGGAGACAAGGGAGAUGUUACAGAGCUUAGGAAAAGAAUUUGUUAUUAUCAAGACACUCCCCUCAGGGAUCUACCAUUAUCGUUUCAUGGUUGAUGGAUGGCUUACAUGUGCUCCUGAUUUGCCUUGGGUUUGUGAUGAUUCUGGACAUUCUUACAAUGUUCUUGACUUGAUGACACCCGUCUCGGAAUUGCCUGAAAGUCUAUCCGAGUUCGAAUUUCCUCCAUCCCCACCGUCUAGUUAUGAUAACCAAUGCUUCAACGACGACGAUUUCAGUAGACCUCCACCAGAUCUACCGCCACCACUACGAGAGACUAUCUUAAACGAACCAUCUUGCUGCACGAGUGGUCAUCAGUCUGAUGUGCAGCCUCGACACACUGAAUUGAACCAUUUAUACCAAAAUAACGUCGGAGGUGAAUUCAUGGCACUCGGUUCAACAUUCAGAUUUUGCGAAAAAUACGUCACAAUGUUACUUUUCAAGCCCUUGCUGAAAAGAAAUUGAUAGGCAUUGGUAAACUGUUCUUCCCCCCCUUCUAAAUUUGUGGCAUACCCUUUUGUAUUUCAACCUCGUAGCUGGUAUUAAUUGAGCAUUGAACAAUGAUUAUUUAUGUGAAGAUUGUGAUACUAAUAGAUUGAAGAGAGCUAUGCCGUAUGUAAACUCUGUAUUCUUUUUCCCUUUUACUUGUGCAGUAUGUUUCAAGCCA